UGAUCAAACGCAAAUAUCUUUUAUAAUCGGACUUCUGUCAACAUCAUGGCAGGAACGUUCAGGUGUCACGUUGUUUAUGCUGAUGUCACUGUUUCCCUGGAAAUGGAACUUGGGAGCUGGUCGACAAAGAACAUGGUCAGGGAGGUGUUAAUCCACUCAGUCUGACGAAAGGUCACAACAGCAGCAGAGGAACAUGGGAUUGUUGUCUGUCCUUCGGAAGCUAAAGCAGUCUCCAGAACAGGAAGUGCGCCUACUGCUGUUGGGUCUGGACAACGCUGGGAAGACCACUGUGCUAAAACAGCUGGCAGCCGAGGAUAUUCGCCACAUCACACCAACCCAAGGGUUCAACUUAAAGAGCGUUCAGUCUUCUGGCUUCAAGUUAAAUGUUUGGGACAUUGGUGGUCAACGCAAGAUCAGACCCUACUGGAAGAACUACUUUGAGAACACAGACGUUCUGAUCUAUGUAAUUGACAGCUCCGACAAGAAACGGUUUGAAGAGACAAGUCUGGAGUUGGCUGAGUUGCUGGAGGAGACGCAGCUCGCUGCUGUGCCUUUGCUGAUCUUUGCUAACAAGCAGGACUUGACGACAGCCAUGACGGCGUCAGAGCUGGCUGAAGGUCUCAAUCUGCACAUGAUCCGUGAUCGCAUGUGGCAGGUUCAGGCAUGCUCGGCUCUCACUGCCGAGGGACUUCAGGACGGGAUGACAUGGGUUUGCAGAAAUGUAACAAUCCGAAAAAAGUGACUGAGAAAGCAUAAGAACGCAGCAAUAUGUUUAUGUAAUGAACUUGUAUUUCUCUAACGCCAUCCUUGGUACAGCACUGUAGGAGUACUGUACUGUAAUACUACAAGUACUACACCUUUGCUUCCACUUCUUUUCUACAUCGAAAUGUAAAUAUUGUAUUCAAUGUGGGUUUUUUUUCUGUUUGCUGUGAUGGUGUUUCUGUUGAAGUGGUACUGACACAGUGUCAGUUUCUCAACUCGGAGCUAGAGGGCAGCCUUGUACUAUGCUAUUGUCCAGUACAGUCCUGCAGUAUUCAACAUAGUAAUAUCUCUGCUUUUAAUCAGCUGAUUGGACUUCCUGUGCCAAAAUAAAUCUUUUUCUUUUUCACAACACUUUUUUUAUCAUUACAGUUUAGUCUGACAAUAAUAUGAUAUUUUUUUAGGUUAAUUUAAAAAAUAAAAUGACGGGAUUCAAUUAUGACGAGACCGAUGGUGAAGAGAAAUAAAACACAUCACUGUUAGUGUAACAUUCUCCUACACUGACGUCAUACGUAGCCAGUGAUGCUACGGCUCCACUGUGUUCCUCUGAAGUUCUGCUAACAUCAGUUCCAUGGACAAAAUGACCAUAAAAUCUAAACACUUGCACGUGCAGGUAGCCCACCAACCCACCAACCCACCGUGACACACCUCGCUGGUACGCUCAUACACAAUAAACCGUAAAGAAACACUUUGGCCAUUCAAUUACUCAACUUCUCACCUUGUUCACCAAGCUUUACCACCAGGCAAUUUCACUCGCUGCCUAUUUUCCUUUUUUUUUUUUGUCUUUCGCAGCACAUUCCCCGCACAGACCCACCAACCCGAGCGGGCCGAGUGAUCCGCGCUGGUCCUAUAGGGAAUUUACAUACAAACCUUUUCCAGUACUAAUAGCUCUCCAAUACAAUUUGCAUUUAUAUAGCCCCCUUCAUACUAACAUGAUUUGGAGCCUUUGCCUGUGAUAAAAAUAAACCUCCUCCUUUGGCCUUGAGUUACUGCCCCUGCUGUUGCUGUUGUUGCUGGUGCUGUGUGCAUGUGCGUGUUCCUCUCUGUAUGCAAGGUUGGCUGAUUUUAAUAUGUCAGAGCUGCUUGAUCCUCCAAUACAGGCUGAAACAAGUGCAGCCUCAAAAUGGACCUCAUAAUGAUUCAGCUGUCAGUGUGGGCUUUAGGCUCUCGCCGCCGCCGCCGCUGCCGCCGCCGGUUUUAUGCAUACAGGACAUUUUAAUACUGAUGAUACAGCACUAUGGGACACUGGACUGGAGCACAGAGUCACAAAGUAAAUGAUAAACCAUUUUAAACAAAAAUAAAAUAAAUAAAUAAGGACACCUACAUAUUUUUCUGCCAGAGUUACUUUCAAUUUGUGCUUGAACGCAUCCUGGGUAUAUUUACAAGGAGGAUGCAUGGAGUCGACGGAAAAAAAAAAGAAACUACAAAGGCCCUUUGUCCCACACCAUUAUGAUCCGCCUUUUAACCUAUAUGUAAACGUACUGACGAAUCUUGGGAAUCGAUGGUGUGAAAUCACCGUCAAAGUCCAAAUGAGUGAAACUGGACUUAGCAUAAG